AAUUAAAAAUAAAAUAUCGAAAGAAUGCCAAACCAUUUAUUCAGAACUCAUCCAAGAACCUACGGAAAAGAUUCAAGAGAAUGCAGAGUUUGCGCUGCUAGACAAGGUUUGAUCAGAAAAUAUGGUAUGAAUGUUUGCAGAAGAUGUUUCAGAGAAAACUAUGAAUUGAUUGGCUUCCACAAAUAUAACUGAGGGAAUCGUAGUGAGAUAUAUGUACAUUAUAAAUAUUAAUUUUACAUUCUCCCCAAUAAA